CGCAUUCAGUUUUCAGCCAGCGAGAAGAACAGUAGUGAAAAAUCGAAGCUCUCGGAAAGUGCACGGUAUUUUCUGCAAUAAAGAGAAGAACAAAAAAAAAGGCAGUCCAUUUUGUGUGAAUUCUUUUCUUGUGUGUUCAGGUGCAAGAAGCAGCAGUUUUUCCUUUAAAUCGUUUGCGCGUAAAAUCGCCAACUUUUGAGGAUGCAAAUCUUCGUCAAGACUUUGACCGGUAAGACCAUUACUCUGGAGGUCGAGCCCUCGGACACGAUCGAGAACGUGAAGGCUAAGAUCCAGGACAAGGAGGGAAUCCCGCCAGACCAGCAGCGUCUGAUCUUUGCUGGAAAGCAGCUCGAGGACGGUCGUACUCUGUCCGACUACAACAUCCAGAAGGAGUCUACGCUCCAUCUGGUUCUGCGUCUGCGUGGUGGUAUGCAGAUCUUCGUGAAGACCCUGACCGGCAAGACCAUCACCUUGGAGGUCGAGCCCUCGGACACGAUCGAGAACGUGAAGGCCAAGAUCCAGGACAAGGAGGGAAUCCCGCCAGAUCAACAGCGUCUGAUCUUCGCCGGAAAGCAGCUCGAAGACGGUCGUACCUUGUCGGAUUACAACAUCCAGAAGGAGUCGACCCUUCAUCUGGUUCUGCGUCUCCGCGGAGGAAUGCAGAUCUUCGUGAAGACCCUGACCGGUAAGACCAUCACCUUGGAGGUCGAGCCGUCGGACACCAUCGAGAACGUGAAGGCCAAGAUCCAGGACAAGGAGGGAAUCCCGCCAGACCAGCAGCGUCUGAUCUUUGCUGGAAAGCAGCUCGAGGAUGGUCGUACUCUGUCCGACUACAACAUCCAGAAGGAGUCUACGCUCCAUCUGGUCCUGCGUCUCCGCGGAGGAAUGCAGAUCUUCGUCAAGACGCUGACUGGCAAAACCAUCACCCUUGAGGUCGAGCCCUCGGACACGAUCGAGAACGUGAAGGCUAAGAUCCAGGACAAGGAGGGAAUCCCGCCAGACCAGCAGCGUCUGAUCUUUGCUGGAAAGCAGCUCGAGGAUGGUCGUACUCUGUCCGACUACAACAUCCAGAAGGAGUCUACGCUCCAUCUGGUCCUGCGUCUCCGCGGAGGAAUGCAGAUCUUCGUCAAGACGCUGACCGGCAAGACCAUCACUCUAGAGGUCGAGCCCUCGGACACCAUCGAGAACGUCAAGGCUAAGAUCCAGGACAAGGAGGGAAUUCCCCCAGACCAGCAGCGUCUGAUCUUUGCCGGAAAGCAGCUUGAAGAUGGCCGCACCCUCUCGGAUUACAACAUCCAGAAGGAGUCUACCCUUCACUUGGUGUUGCGUCUGCGUGGUGGCAUGCAGAUCUUCGUGAAGACGCUGACCGGUAAGACCAUCACCUUAGAGGUCGAGCCCUCGGACACCAUUGAGAACGUGAAGGCUAAGAUCCAGGACAAGGAGGGAAUUCCCCCAGACCAGCAGCGUCUGAUCUUCGCCGGCAAGCAGUUGGAGGAUGGCCGCACCCUUUCGGAUUACAACAUCCAGAAGGAGUCUACGCUCCAUCUGGUCCUGCGUCUCCGCGGAGGAAUGCAGAUCUUCGUCAAGACGCUGACCGGCAAGACCAUCACUCUAGAGGUCGAGCCCUCGGACACCAUCGAGAAUGUCAAGGCUAAGAUCCAAGACAAGGAGGGAAUCCCGCCAGACCAGCAGCGUCUGAUCUUCGCCGGCAAGCAGCUCGAGGACGGUCGUACCCUGUCCGACUACAACAUCCAGAAGGAGUCGACCCUUCACUUGGUCCUUCGUCUUCGCGGUGGAAACUGAAUCAACACACAUCUACGACCGGGACGAGCCGCUUAGUCUCGUUCCGCCAAGCAGCUUCAAAUCUUAGUAUUCAAACCACAAUCGGUGUCGUGUUUUCUCUUCCCCCUUUCACAGUAGAUGUUGAAUAAAUCCACCAGCUAAUCCAAAUUCCAACACUCCGCCCCCUCCUCCAAAUUCCUCGUGUAUGUUUGUGUAGAAAAAGCCACCAACUCGAUCGAGCCAGCCGCUCUCGAGUGCGGUUUUCCAUGUGUGUAGGUUUUUGGCCGCAAGGCUUUCUUUCUCCAGGGCACCUAUCUAACAAGCUGCGCCACGAGCACUGAUAUCGAAAUAAAGAAAAUCCAAUAAAAUGUAA